AUGUCGCUCUUACCUUCCAUCAUAUUUUCAGCUGCGAUCACCAUAUUUAUUGGCGGCAUCUCAUCGACGUCCAAUCUUCGGCUCGGCGGCCAACACCUCCGCGCCAUCUGGACACGUUGGAGUGGAAACCCCAAAGGAUUGCUGGGACCUCUCAAAGGUGGGGUACUCCUCGACUACCUGACGGCCCGUUUAAAUUUCACUUACGAAAUGGUUCGAGUGACAGAAAACCGACAGGAAGCAACGGAAAAAGAACGCGGACUUUUCAGCUAUUUGUUGGAUCAACAAUGCGAUUUGCUGGUCCACGAUACGGUGCCCACAUUGCAGACCAGCAAGAUCGUUGAUCUCACAUUGCCAUGGGCUUACGACUUUUUCGCUUUCCUCAUUCCCGUCCCUGAUGAAUCGGCCAACAUCAACGCCGUCGUCAAACCUUUCCAAUGGCCGGUCUGGCUGGGACUAGGAGUAUCGAUCGUUUGCGUCAUCACAGUUUUGAAUGUGAUCCAGCGCUACUUGGAAUAUCAUUCCGCACUCGAAACUACAUUCAGUUCAAACGACAAUCCACCGGCUGAAAAAAUAAUCACCAAAGUCGGAACCGGAAAAGAAUAUCUCUACGUUUUCGGCAAUUUGCUAUCGCAAGGUGGAUCUUGUAAAUCGAAACGACUACCUUACCGACUGGUGGCUGGCGUUUGGACCCUGGCCGCUUUCAUCUUCGUCCAGGCCUACACGUCGACCCUCUUCACUUACGUCGUAAAGCCAAUCAAUCACCCGCUAAUCAAUUCAGUCUACGACAUUAUCAAUAGUGGCGAUAUCAAUUUACUCGCCAGAGAAGAUGGAUUCACCAACAACAACACCCUUUUCGCAACAUUACGACGAAAACUGGAUUCCACCCCGAAUUCUCGAUGCGUCAUGCCGUUUGAAUGCCUUCGAAAUAUCAAACCAGAACAUAGAAAUGUCUACAUUGAGCCAAAUGUUUACCUGAAAGACGCGAUUAGAAAUGAUUUUAAAAAGACUGGAAAGUGCAACUUGCAAAUGGCAAAAGAAAGAUUCAUUGGAAUCAUGUCAUCGUUCGCCCUUCCGAAAACCAGUCCCCACACCAAAAUUAUAACCCAAGGGAUAUUGGAACUGCAACAAACUGGGCUGAUCGACUACUGGGAUACCUGGUUCCGACCCAUGCCUCCUCAAUGCAACGGAAAGCCGCCGAUGGAAAGCAAGAAAAAGAAACAAUUACCACUUUCCCUGAAGAAUUUGACCGGAGCAUUUGUCGUUUUACUGGUCGGACUGAGCCUUUCUUUCCUGGCUUUUCUUUGCGAGAAAAUCAUUUCUCUGCAUCGUGGUCGUCGCGGUUAA